GGGAGAAGGAACUUGGCUUGUUUGGUCUUGGUGGCAGAGCUCUGAAAAGAUGCAGCUCUCUCUGGGAACCAUGCUCCCCUCCCUUUGGGAAAGAAUCCCCCUGCAGACUCUGCUUAUCCUCUCUGCCAUCCUCCUGAUUCUGACACAGUAUCUGCAGAGAAGGAGGCAGUAUCGCAACUACCCCCCUGGCCCUCCUGAGCUGCCAAUAUUGGGCAACUUCUUCCAGAUGGACUUGAAAAAUCCCCAAAUUGCCAUGCAAAAGCUUGCCAGAAAAUACGGAAAUGUUUUCUGCACGUAUGGUGGCAAUCUUACCUUCAUGACAGUAAGUGGAUUGCCACUGAUCAAGGAGGUCCUGGUCAACCAAGACCAGGUGUUUAUUGAUCGUCCCCAAAUUCCUAUCCACUUCCGUGUCUUUAAAACAUUUGGCUUAGUAAUGUCUAAUGGCCAAGAGUGGAGACAGCAAAGAAGAUUUGCCUUAAUGACAUUAAGGAACUUUGGUUUGGGAAAGAAAAACCUGGAAGAUCGCAUCCGGGAGGAGGCCAGGUAUCUCAUUGAGGCUAUCAGAGAAGAAGAAGGACAGCCCUUUGACCCCCACUUUCAGAUCAACAAUGCUGUUUCCAAUAUCAUCUGCUCCAUAACUUUUGGGCAUCGCUUUGAGUACCAUGAUUCUCAGUUUCAGGAGCUUCUGAAGAGUUUGGAUGAUGUCACAGUGCUUGAAACCAGAUGGGAGUGCCAGCUCUUCAAUGUAUUUCCUUGGAUAAUGAAAUUCCUACCAGGACCUCACCAGAAAUUCUUUAGAGAAUGGAAGAAGCUAGAGUCAUUUGUAAAAUGUGUGAUCAAACAACAUAAGGAAGACCUGAACCCAGAGGAGACCUUGGACUUCAUUGAUGCUUACCUGAAGGAGCUGUCCAAGGACAACAUCCAUUCUAGUUUUAAUGAAGAAAACUUGGUCUUCUGCACCCUGGACCUCUUCUUAGCUGGAACAGAGACAACUUCAACCACUCUGAGGUGGGCACUGCUGUAUAUGGCCCUUUAUCCAGAGAUCCAAGGCAAAAUACAAGCUGAGAUUGACUGGGUGGUUGGCCAGUCAAGGCAGCCCACCAUGGCUGAUAAGGAGAAUAUGCCCUACACUAAUGCAGCCAUUCAUGAAGUUCAGAGAAUGGGUAAUGUUAUUCCUUUCAAUGUGCCCAGGGUGGCUACAGUUGAUACCACAGUGGCAGGAUACUACGUGCCAAAGGGUACCAUACUGAUGACCAACUUGACUGGCUUGCACAGGGACCCCAAGGAGUGGGCUACCCCAGAAACCUUCAACCCGGAACAUUUUCUAGAGAACGGUCAAUUUAAGAAGAGAGAAUCCUUUCUGCCUUUCUCAAUGGGAAAGAGGGUGUGCCUGGGAGAACUGCUGGCUCGGACUGAGCUCUUCCUUUUCUUCACUUGCCUGCUCCAGAAAUUCACGUUCCAGGCUCCCCCAAACACCCAGCUGAGCCAGGACUUCAGAUAUGGCUUAACCCUCUCUCCCGUCUCCUACAAAAUCUGUGCCCUUCCUCGAGCGAUGUAGGCCAAACUAGGCCUGUAGGAUGGUCUUCCAAGGGGGAGGGGAAAGGACCUGGAGCCAUCCUCAUCCUCCGAGGUUACCUUUUGCUGUUUGGGUGGGGAAAGGGAAAGAAAUCAAGAAGAGAAGAAAAGAGAGAGACAAAGGGAGGGUAUCUGUGGCCCAAUUUGAAACUUCCUGCUCACAAGGAGAGACAUUAAUGCCAUCAAAAGGAAAGUAGAAAGAGUCCUUACUAGAUUUGGAAUCCAAGGACCUGAGUUCAAAUCCCAGCCCUGCUAAUUACUAGCUGGGUGACCUUGAGCUAGUCACUUGAACUUCUGCCUCCGUUUCCACAUCUAAAAUGAGGAAGAGGAAGGUCUUUAAGGUCCCCUCCAAUUCUAAAUCUAAAACCUUGUAUUGCUAUGAACAGAGAAUCAAUGCUUUUCCUCCCCUGCUUUAGGGCCAGAGGGUUUGUUUUUGUUUAGUUAUUUGUAUCUGUCCUGCUCUUAUAAAUCAUACAGUGGGUGUGAUUUUAGGAGAGGCUUUAGAGAGUUUACAUGGGUUACGGGAGGCAUUAACAGGUUAAAGAGGGUGAUCCUUAGAGAUCCUUAGAGAUUGUAAGCUCCUUGUGCGCAGAGACGGUUUUCUUUGUUUCUGGAUCUACAGCAUCCAGCCCAGUGCCGGCAUGGAGAAAGAACCCAAUAAAUAUCAGGAUUGUUUCAUCUCUAAACCAUUCACUUUCAUAUGCAUUAUUUCCUUUGACUUUCACAGUGUGAAAUCUUAAUCUGACAGCUGAUGAGCUGGAUUCCUCAAUCCUAAUAAAAGUCUUAUCAUAGGUGAUAAAUCAUAAUCACUCCACUAUUAAUUAGAGUCACUAACAUAAUCAUAUAUGAACAUAUAAUUAAUUAUUAUAGGAGCUAGGUAUUCCCACACAUUGAGCAUUGCUAAUCUGUUAAAGUUCCAUAUUCCUGUAAAGGUUCCUUCUUCUUUUCAGAGAUCCUUACACAAGGUAGCUUUCCAUGUGGAUAAUGGAAACUUUUGUAAUACCCCAGCCAAUCAGAAAGUGCAAAUGCCCAUGUGAAUCAAUGUGAUCAAUGUUCCUCAUUUAUUGUUUAUGCUCCCUUUUCUAUUCUUCCUCCAUUAUACCUGUAAAAAUGCUCUGUGGGUUCACAAUGAUGUCCUUGUACCAAAUGAGGUGGUCUCAGACCCAUUUUAUUGGCAAAUUGCAACACAUUGCUAAUAAAGCAAUUGUGCUUGGACUUCAUUUGCUUCCAUUUCUCUUAUUUGCAGAUUCUAAUCAUGGCAACAACAACCCUCUAUAGUGAGUUGGGGUAGCCCCAGUUUACAGAAGGGGAAAUGAAAAAGAGUUUACUAAAUCAAAGCCUAAAAAUUAAAAAAAAAAAAAACACAUUCCCCAAGAAAAGGGAUGGUCAUAACCAUCUCUGCCAGUCUUUAGAGGCAGAACCAACAAUUCAAGUCCAAAGUGACUUCAUAUUUCUCUGAAUAUCUUUUCAAUUCAUUUCAUUUAGGUUCAGUGAAUUGAGUUCAAUCCUAGAAGCGUUAAGCACCUACUAUGUACCAGAUACUACGAGAGCUGCUGGGACUAGAGCAUCAAAAUCAGAAAUGAAAAAUGGUCCAUAGUGUUGGUUGUUUGUAUCACUCUCUAGGCAGUAGCCUACAAAGUGAAGUCUGUGUCUCCUAAGGGCUUCCCAAUAUCAUCAUUUGGGACACAGAAAGUAGAUAUUGGGACUUUCAUCUAGCUUUAUUUUUACUUAAAUUUUAAAAAGGAGGUAAGUUUUCCAAUAUUUAAUAUGAGUUGAUCCUGAGAGGUAACCUCCUCCCUUGGUAAACAAGUCAUGCUUAAGGAGGAGCUGGCAUCACACAAUACAGAGGGUGUUGAUAGUCAAGCUAUCACAGGUUCAUUUUCUUUAGGUAUUAUUCAUUUUCUCUACAAGUCAAACAUUUAUUGGGCACCUACUAUGUGCAUUAGCACCUACUACUGUGCUAAGUGCUAUCAAAAAUUCCCCUGAACUUGUCUUUUUGAGUUGCCAUAUUUUCCAGUAACGCUGGACUCAGAGCAUACAGGAGACCCUGAACAUGACAAAGAUGAAGCCCCCUUGGAGUCAAAGAGUUUAUUGUACCCAAAUACAUGCAU